GAGAAAAAAAAAAAAAAAAGCCUAUCAGCUCUCUCAUUUCCUCCAAAUUCACAAAACUCUUUCCUUUCAUUUCGCUUUGUAAUCUCUGACUCUAAAUUGAGAGAGAUAUUUCAUAGUUCAUAUUUCAAAUUUUCUUUUAAAAAAAAUAUAUAUAUAAAAAGUUGGUUCCGAUUUGUUUGAGUCCAAAACUGUGUGUGUGUGUUUUUUUUUUUUGUGAUUUCGUGUUGUGAAAGUUUCGGAGUUAUGGAGGUUUCGGUGAUUGGAAGCUCUCAGGUUAAGACGGAGUUGGCUUACAGGGAGCUUGGGUUUUGUAAUUUGAAGGGUGGCAAAACUGUAAUUCCUUCGAAGAACAGGGUCUGUUUUGAUCGGAGCACCGAUUGGAGAAAGUCUGGGAUCCGAUUCACUCUCAGGGCUACUGCUGCUAUUCAAUCUGAACCGCUCCGAUCCGAUUCCGUUUCGUGUCGUUCUAGAAGAUCCAAAUCGCAUGAUAAUGUAAGAUUGUUUGUUGGGCUUCCUUUGGAUUCUGUUUCUGACUGCAAUGCAGUAAACCAUGCUAAAGCAAUUGCAGCUGGCCUAAAAGCUUUGAAGCUGUUGGGAGUUGAAGGUGUAGAGCUCCCUGUAUGGUGGGGAAUAGUGGAGAAAGAAGCCAUGGGGAAGUAUGAGUGGUCAGGCUAUCUUGCUCUUGCUGAAAUGGUUCAGAAUGCAGGUCUCAAGCUUCAUGUCUCGCUCUGCUUCCAUGCAUCCAAACAACACAAACUUUCACUCCCUGAGUGGGUAUCCCGGAUUGGUGAAUCUGAACCCAGUAUUUUUUUCACUGAUCGGGCAGGGCAGCAGUACAAAGAGUGUUUAUCACUAGCUGUCGAUGAUCUUCCUGUGCUUGAUGGGAAGACUCCAGUCCAAGUCUACCGUGAAUUUUGUGAGAGCUUUAAGUCUUCUUUCUCAUCUUUCAUGGGCUCCACAAUCACGGGCAUCUCUGUGGGUCUUGGACCAGAUGGUGAGCUCCGAUAUCCUUCACACCAGAGGCUAGUCAAAAGUAAUAAAAUCACAGGGGUUGGAGAAUUCCAGUGUUAUGAUAAAAACAUGCUUAGCAUUCUAAAGCAACAUGCUGAAGCAAAUGGAAAUCCUCUAUGGGGACUCGGUGGUCCUCAUGAUGCCCCCACUUAUAAUGAGUCACCCAACUCGAACAACUUUUUCAGGGACCAUGGUGGAUCAUGGAAGUCUCCAUAUGCUGACUUCUUCCUUUCCUGGUACUCAAGCCAGCUUAUAUCUCAUGGAGAACGUCUCCUCUCUCUUGCAUCUUCAACUUUCAGUGAGACUGCUACUACGGUAUAUGGCAAAGUCCCACUAAUACAUUCUUGGUAUAAAACUCAGUCCCACCCUUCUGAGCUGACAGCUGGGUACUAUAACACAACCACUAGAGACGGUUAUGAAGCGGUUACAGAUAUGUUUGCAAGGACUUCAUGCAAACUGAUGUUGCCUGGAAUGGACUUAUCAGACGAGCACCAGCCCCAUGAAUCUCUCUCAAGUCCUGAGUUAUUACUUGCCCAGAUCAGGACAGCUUGCAGAAAGCACGGUGUUGAGGUCUCUGGACAAAACUCGUCAGCUACAGGGGCUCCUGGUGGCUUUGAGCUGAUAAAGAAGAAUUUGGCGGGCGACAAUGUUGUGGACUUGUUCAUUUACCAGAGAAUGGGAGCGUAUUUUUUCUCUCCAGAGCAUUUUCCUUCAUUCACAAAGUUCGUGCGGAGUCUUAACCAAUCUGAAUUGCAUUCAGAUGAUCUGCCUGAAGAAAAGGAAGAAGCUGCCGACUCUUUGCGUGUAAGUUCAGACUCAGUUGUUCACAUGCAAGAAGCUUAGUAAGAGUUAGAUAUAUAUUCAUGUAAAUAUAUAAUGUUAUCUGUAUCCCUAUAAAUUGUAUUAGAAGAGGUUGUAUUCAACAAAGCUUUCUGAAGAACAGCUAAGCACAUCCUGCUUUACUGAACCAGAAAGCUGUAGUUGUAAUUCUCAAAAAAAAAAAAAAAAAAAAAAGAAAGCUGUAGUUGUAUGUGCAAAUUCAUCUUUAGCUUUUGCUUUCUAAAGGAAGCAGUACCUUAUGUGGCCA